CUGUUUAUUAUCUACAUAAAUAUACAAAAACAUAACCUAACAAUUUAAAAUGAAUGUAAAAUUUCGAUUCAUUGUUCAGUGUACAUAAAUCUACUACAGAUAAUUGUAAAUUUAUAUAAUUAUUUAUUGUAUAUUGAACUAAAAUAAGAUUUUCAGAUAACAAUGGGCGCUCUAAAAAUCCAGUUGCACUUUGGUGGUGGUGCAGAAUUGCUAUUCGAUAAAAUAAAGAAGAGGGAAGUUGAGUUGCCAGCACUAAAGAAGUAUUUGCCAGAUUGUCAGAGUGAAAAAUGGAGAAUACGGGAGCUCUUAGUAUGGUUAAGGGAUAAUUUAUUGAAGGAGAGACCUGAAUUAUUCCUUCAGGGUGAGUCGGUAAGACCUGGUAUAUUGGUGUUAAUAAACGACGCGGAUUGGGAGCUCCACGGCGAACUCGAUUACGAAAUAGAGGAAAAUGAUGUUAUAAUGUUUAUAUCGACACUACAUGGCGGUUGAAUAAAUGUCUUUUAUUUA